UUCGUUCACGACAAGAUAGAGGAAAAGAACCAUAAGAAAAAUAUUCCAUAAAACGAUAUGGCAUACAUAUUUUUAAUUAGAUAUAAGUCAUGUGACCCAGUCGAGAUUGAAUACAGUUUUGCUACUGCUAGUAUUAGUCGUACGGUAAGAUUUUUUUUUUUCCUGUUGAUGUGAUGUAAUGGUUCACGUGGAUUAAAAUUGAAGCAUAAAUGCUAGUGAUUUUGUUCAUCGUCAACAACACGGAGAUUCCUUUGCCAAUUCUUCCCAUUGAGUAACUUAUUCGGUCAUAUCUUGGGAUAUUCCAACCAGAUCUACGCGAUCACCUAGUUAGUUUACGAGAAAAAAUGAAGUUUGGACGCUUACACGGCAUCACCCGGGUUUUUCGUAAAACAAUCUGUUUAGCCGUUCUUAUUCUAAUCUUUUGUGUCGCCUAUUUUCUUCAGCUUGAGAAAAACGAGAUAAAGAUCUGUACAGAUGGUGUGUCUUGUUCUACAACCAGUCAUUUGCCUACAAGGAGUCCUGAGCCCACUAAUCUUCUUCCUCUGCCUUUAAGAGACAUUAAAUCAAUCUACAUUCUGCCUGUACAAAAUAUUCACACGCAAUCUAGUGCAAUACAUAAAGCACCUAACUUGUUGUACAAUACCCAGAACUCUGUGGCUAAAAGAAAACAUAUAGUAAUAUUGUCGUAUUUACGUGGCGGUGGAACUUUCCUGGGUGAAAUUUUUAAUCAGCAUCCUCAGAUUUUUUACUACUUUGAGCCGUUCUACCUUCUGGACCAUAAAGGACCACAUAGUGCGAUUCAGCCCUUGUUCCGAAGCCAAGUUCCGCAAGCUCUCGACUUUCUCAUUGACAUUAUGGAGUGUAAGAUAUCUCGAAAUGUGGAAUUGGUUGAGAAAGAUCAUGCCCUAAGAAGUAAGGCGUUGAGGGACAUAUAUAAAACGCCAUUUUGUUUGACAAAUAACAGCACUUUGACAAGCUGCUUGGACAGAGCAUGUCAACUGAAAAACGCGUCUGUUACCAAGGUAAUGCGCCUUUACGUUCAAGACCUGCAGCCUCUGGUUGAAGAAAACGACUUAAAAUUAAUUGUUUUGCAAAGGGACCCUCGUGCCAUCAUCUACUCGAGACGUCGGAAUAACCUCGGAGGUCGUUUGGAGUUAGAGGACGAUUUUCGGCUUCAAGCUCGUAGUUUAUGUGCUCGGAUGUUACAUGACGUAAAGAUUGCCGAGAAGAUUGCGUCUACUACGCAUCAGGACUUUUAUAGAAUUAUUCUUCACGAGCAUUUUGUCACAAACCCGCUGAAGGUUGUAAGAGAUACCUUUAGGUUUUUAGAUAUCCCUGUAACUGAGCAACAAAUAGAAACUUUUCUUGAAGCCGUCCACAACUCUCAGCAAGUGCAGCAAAAAUACCCUUCUUUGUGGGACUGGAAGAUAGAAGCCUUGACAAAUGAGGUAAUCGCUAUAGAUAAAGUAUGUCAUUACUUCUACAAAUAUUCUUUCUACCAACCAAUUACAGAGGGCGAGGACUUUGGAGAUAAACGUGGACUCUGCACUUAUUGUUGA